CCGCAAUGCUCGAACCCCACCGACCCCCCGCCUGGGUCGAGUCCCCCUUCCUGCGGUCCCUCCUGGCCGGCGGCCUCGCAGGCACCACCGUCGACCUCACCCUCUUCCCCCUCGACACCCUCAAAACGCGCCUCCAAUCCUCCGCCGGCUUCUCGCGCUCCGGCGGCCUGCGCGGCAUCUACCGCGGCGUCGGCUCCGCCCUGGUGGGCUCCGCGCCCGGCGCCGCCCUCUUCUUCACCACAUACGACUCCACCAAGCGCUUCCUGCUCGCGCGGCGGACCUCCCCCAGCGGCGGCAACGACGCCCUUGCACACAUGGCCGCCGCCUCGCUGGGCGAAGUCGCGGCGUGCGCCGUGCGCGUGCCGACCGAGGUGGUCAAGCAGCGCGCGCAGGCGCUGCAGCACCCAAGCAGCAUGGCGGCGCUGACGCACAUCCUGGCGCAGCGGCACGCGCGGGGCUAUGCGCACGUGUGGCGCGAGCUGUACCGCGGGUGGAGCAUCACGGUGAUGCGCGAGGUGCCGUUCACUAUGAUCCAGUUCCCUUUGUGGGAGGCGCUGAAGAGCUGGCGCAGCGCGCAGGCGGGGAAGCCGGGCGUCAGCGGGGCCGAGGGCGCCGUGUUUGGGAGCCUGGCGGGCGCGGUGGCGGCGGGCGUCACGACGCCGUUGGAUGUGCUCAAGACGCGCAUGAUGCUGGCGAGUGAGAAGAGGCCGAUGGGGGAGAUGCUGAGGCAGAUUGUGAGGGAGAGUGGGCCGCGAGCAUUCUUUGCGGGGAUUGGGCCCAGGGUGUUUUGGAUUAGUGCUGGUGGAGCUAUAUUCUUGGGGAGUUAUCAGUGGGCGAGUAAUGUGCUUGGGGGAGGGGGAGACCAGCUAUGAAGCAUGAGUGAAGUGCUAUAGUUGGUACGGAGCUCGCAUGAGAUCAAGAGGCGGACACAUUUCAACAGGGGACCAAGAGAUGGGCGCAAGAGGUGGAUGGGAUUCAACAUGAGAGCAAGAGGCGGAAUUAGAGCAAGGAGCUCAUGCAGAAAACGAACGUGCUGAGUUACCGCCAUGCACAACUAAGCACCGGUGCU